GUUACUAUGGAGACGAGAUGAACGCCAUCAUCCUGUUCACCUCCUGCUACCUGCCGGAGAACACGGUGGAGGACUAUGAGUACGUCAUGGACAACCUGUUCAGGUAUAUUGUGGGCACGUUGGACCUGAUGGUUUCAGAGAAGUACAUCCUGGUCUACCUGUGUGCCAUGGCUCCCAGAAACAAGCUGCCGGCCAUCAAAUGGCUCCACCAGUGCUACACCUCCAUCGACCGCAGGCUGAAGAAGGACCUGAGGGGGCUGCUGGUCGUCCAUCCCGCCUGGUACAUCAGAGCUCUCAUCACUGUGGUCAAACCCUUCAUCAGCGAGAAGUUCAGCAGGAAGAUUCGGUUCAUCCAGACUCUGCAGCAGCUGUCUGAGAUCAUCCCCACAGAACGCCUGCAGAUCCCCGACGCAAUACGACAGUUUGAUGAGAAGCUGAACAGAUGACGAUCACAGACUGGAUCGAUCCUAAACGUCAGAGGUCAUCAGACUGAGCGCCUCCUGCUGAUGACCUUUGACCUCCUGCCUGUACAAAGACUCUGGGUUUAUUUAUACUGUCUAUCUUUAAUCAGGGCGGGGCCGUCUGGUUCUCCUGCAGCUUCGGACUCAUUUCAGCUCUGAACCUUUAAGCCGCCAUGUUCUAUCCUAAAUGGUCAAACUGGGCACAGGUCGGUGGUGUACCUGUGACUCCACCCCCCACCCUGUGUCAGGUAGAUGGAGCUCAGCAGCUCAUUUUAAACUCUGCAGGAACCAACCUGUCUUUAAAGGAACGUGUUAGUCUGCUGCUCCUGCAGGUGUGUUGAUGAUGUCGCCUGUAGAACGACCUCCGUCUGUCAGCUGCAGCAGGGAGAACAGAUGUUUCUGUAUCAGCACCUGUUGCACUAACGUACCUGUAAUAAAAGUAUCGAUCAAACCUUUUUACCAGA